UGGGGACAAUUCUUAAUGGGGGAAAUGGGGACAAUUCAACAGAAAUAGCAUUGUUGGUUAUUACUACCAACUGGGUUGGGAAUGCACUGACAAUGUCCAAUUUGAUUCUUCCCUGUUUAUACUGCAGGUUAAAAAAAUCAUGUUCUUGAAAUGUGUGAAGUAGUUGAAAUAGAUCAUGUUAUCAAAGUUAAUUGGGUGUAAAUUCCUUCUAUUACGCUUAGGAAUGUAUUUAAAAAUAUUUUGUGGUCAUUUGUUAAGUUAUUGAAAACUCUGUGAGCUUUUCACUCACAAGAAAAAUGCCCCUUAUCAAGAACAUCACUGCCAUCUCCUACUCAUCCCAGGAUAGCAAGCACCCAUUGUCUGGGCUAUUAAGUGGCUCGGGUUCAUGGCUGUGUGCUGCCGAUGACCGCAGCGGCCAACUCACUGCAGACCUCCAACUGGAUAGAGCUCUCACCAUCUCCUAUAUUGAUGUUGGCAACUACAACUCAAUGACGCUGAGCAUUGACGUGAGCCGCUCAUGUGGGACAGCAGGGGGCUGCUCCCUCCUGCCCACCGUUACUCUGGCAACGCCCCAGCAGUUGAGGGAGCAACAGCCACAGUGCAAAGCUGUACGCAUGUUUAAAGCUGAUGACUUGAACCAGGCAGCUCUGAAGGAGCGUUGGGACCGGGUGCGUGUGACCUGCACUCAGCCAUUCAAGCGGGGCCUGCAGUAUGGCUUAGCUUUCUUAAAAUUCUACUGCACAGAUUCCUUAGACUCGAUCUCCUAUGAUCGUAUGAAUUCCCUCCCUUCCUUCAAUUUUAUUGCUUCUGCAUCCAAUUCUCCUUGUGUGACUGCCAAGACACCGGCUCGGCUUUGUCUUAACUCAGAAAAUGACAGAAAAUCUUCAGAUCAGAAGAAGCUCCUUAAUAAACCUGUCCACCAUGGACAAGAUCAUAAAUCGACGUCCAUCUUCAAUAUAAAAACAUCCAAGCUUAUUACGUCUGAUAAGGAAAUGAUCCAGGGAUCACCAGAAAACUCUCUAAGAAUUACCAACAAAAAUAAAGGCACUGCGACCACAGACAACAGUUUUAAUCCCCUCAGACACAAUAAUUACAUUGAAAACAUUGAUCCGUUGCUCACAAGGUCGCCUGCCAGUGGUACUCCUGUGGGUUCUCUGAAGAAAAAUCCGCUACAGGAGAGUGGCAAGUCAAGCAGUGCUGCCAGCAGGUUCAGAAGCGCCCUUGAGAAGCUCUGUGCUGAGGGCAAGACUGAACCACCCGUUGUUGUUGCGAGACGUCGGUUCCUGUCCAGGAUAACAGCGGCAUCCACAGGGGAUGGUUGUGCUGAUGCUGGACCAAGUGCCCCAGCUGCGGCGGAGAGGUCGCGUGGUGCUCGCGAUGAGUCCAGCCGCUCGUCAGGCGAGUCUCCGAAUAACUGGGCUGACCUGCAGCAGGAGUUCGAGUAUGAGAGUCUCGAGUUCCUGAUCUCGCUUGAUCUGCAAGAGAAGCAAAUCCUCGAGUUGAGAGUGGCAGAUGUGCGGAUGCAAUUCGAGGCAUCGCGAGGGGCGCCGCUGUCGCGCCCUCAGCGAUGCUGCUUCAAAAACCUGGCGCUGGACUUCUGCGGUCGCCGGCUGAACUGCUCCGACCAGUCGUCUGCUGAAAAUCGACUUACGCCUGCCGUUGUUCGACCUUCCUCUGCUAGUGUUUGCCCUUCGUCUGCUGGCAGUAGCACAACCAGCAAAGGGAGCAUAUCGACUGGAGUUGCUAAGAAAUCCAAGUUCACCUUCAAAAAGCUAAACUUCGAUGGUCCUGGUGACACUCGGGGUUCACCGACGGGAAUGAAGAAUAAUGGUUUUAAUCGCGCGUCUCCAAUGCCCUUCAACGACGACCAUGCGAGAGCUGAUGGGGCAGGGCCAAGCGCACCAAGUCCGAGAAAUAACGUGAGUGUAAGCAGGAGCCCUGUAGUUUCCCCAUUGUCAAAAUCGACGAAGAAGAGAAGGAAAGAAGAACCAAAGCCUGUCGCCAAUGGGGAGUGGGUUUCUUCCAAGAGAAUCCGGACGAAAGUUAGUAGGAAAUCGACAAGCCCAAGCAGAAAAGAUGUCGAUGUUAUUGAAGUCGUGGAAUUAAAUGACGAAAUAGAUGAAUUUAAGAAACAAUGGCCAAGCAAGGAUUCGGGGUUUAUACGAAAUGAGGAUGGUUGGAUCCAAAGGUUGAAGUCGAGCCAAUCUCAAACAAUCGACUCUUGGGAAUUGUCGGACGUUUCCAGCAUUGCAUCCAAUUCUCCUCCUGGACCAAGCAGUAAGGAUAAAGAUAAAUUCUCCAGUCCAGCUUUCCAGCCCUCUCAUAAUUCAAAUAACUGUGUCGAUGAGGAAAUUUUAGGCACCAAUUCUGGAGUGUUGAGAAAUUACACUGCAUUAAGCAAUAAAUUACCUGACGUUGUAUGCCCGAGUGACUCAUUGGACGAAUUGAGCAACGGAACUAACACUGCAGAGAACAGCCAAAGGAACAUGGCCGUUAGUAAAAAUAUCAACACCGACCAAGAUUUGCGUUCGAUUAACUCGAAGUCAGGGUUCCAGCUUGGUGCAGCACCCGUGGACAAAUAUGGACUCAAUAGUCGGCGGCUGAUCAACACCGACGAGGAACAGGAACCUGAAGAUCGAGUCGCGUGCCCCCUGUGUGGAGGGUUGUUUGUUCAGUCUGCAGUGGAGGAGCACGCGGCAACAUGCAGACAUGACGACGUCCACUGCGACACUGAGGCAGUGUCAAUGGACAGCUGCGAAGCCGAGAAUUUGUCAGAACCUUGCCCAGUUUGUCAGAAGCGCUGGCCAAGAAAAGAGUUCGAGUGUCAUGUCAUCUCCUGCGCUGAGCGAAAUUUUGCGCAAUAAUAUCAAGAUUUUUAGUACCUGCUUGACAAAUUAUAUGCUUAUUUUCUAGCAUCAAGUGAUCGUCCGGGCUCAGUUUUUACCUAUAGAUCUACACAAUUUUAUAAUAGAUGUAUGCAAUAUUUUUCCUUUUACACGACUCGUUCAUUUUAUUAAAAAUAAAUUACCGUACAUUUUAUUUGGACUAAAUUAGUGUAGGAGCUCGUCACUCGUCAAGACGACAUUAGUCAAGGAAAUAUCACUCGUGUAUAUUCUCCUAAUUCGCAUACUUGAUUGUAGCUCCAAAAAUGAUGUAACUUAAUGAGCACGAACCUGGAAAAUUA